UUUUAUAGUUCCGGUAAACAAUAAUCAUACGAGAAAGUGUGUAAUUUAAAAGCAUUACCAAUGGAUGACGUAUACAAACGUUACAACAGCAAUGCUUCGCCAAAGGUUCACAUAAAAGAAUAUUUCGAUGAAUAUCUUGAUAUGGUAGCAUCUGCAAACUAUUUUUUAUCCGUGAAAAGAGAGGACAGAGAUUUUGUAGCACUCAUGGGUGUUGAACUUGGCGAGGAAGAAAUGUCUAUGCUGGCUAAUUAUUGCAGUGUUGACAAUUUAACAGUGGAAGGAGAAAUGCCACAAAUAAUUGACACUAGAAAAAUGAGGAAGAAGGGAACAUUUGAUCCCCAAGAACCAUUGGAUGUAGACUUACAGACUAUUCAGAAUCUCAAGAGAAGAUUGAAGCAAGAAGUCAAGCGACCUCUUUACAAGUAUCAAAGUGAAUUAUUUAUACACCAUGAAAAAAGUGCAGAAGCAAAUGGUCAAAUUGCUAUUCCAGGACAAGAUAUCCUAGUCUCUGUUAGGAUUUAUCAUCCUUUUGUGCAGCGUGCAAGAAAUAGUUUGAGAUUGGAGUGUGGUACAAGACUUCGAUUGAAUAAUAUCACAGCUAUAUUAGGCUCUCAAACACUUGCACACUUACGAGAUAAAAUAUCUUGCAUUGCUGAUCAUAGUAUUUCUAGAGAAUGCAGUGAAAAUUUAGAUAAUGCAAUAGGACUAAUGGCAAAAGAUGUGUACAAAUCAGGAUUCUUUUUUAUAGAAGAUACUUUUUAUAAUGAUACUAGAUAUCCUACAAAUGUUGAUUAUAGCAAGGUAAUCAUUGAAUGGGCACAAAGACGGCCAAAGUUAGGACCUUUCAACACUGCCUCGAUGGAAACAUGUAGAAUAGAUUCUCUGUUCUUAAGAUUUGGUUUUCCAUGGGUAUAUAAGCAUCAGGGUGGUUGUGAGCAUUUAAUUGUAUUCAGUGAAGCAAGGUUGAUUAAUUGCGACGAUGAUUUGGCUGUAUCCACGUACCCACAGAUUGUAAGACUAAGACCCAUAUCUUCUAAAUUUUGUAUGAUAUGUGGUGUAUACAAUGUACAAUGGAUCACGUUGGAACAUGAGAGGAUUCCACAUAAUCCUUGCUACUAUUGUGACAGUUGUUUUAAGUCUUACAAUUACAUCGACAACAAAAAAGUCGGAAAUUUUCAAGCGUACGCGUACCCACGUAAUAUCGAAGCAGUAAAAGGAGAAAUAGAUAUAUGA